AUGCCUUUGGAAACAUCUGUCAAUGAGCAUAAAAAUUGUGAAAGAACUGUCGACCAUAACUCUUUCCAAGAACAAUAUUCUGAAAACAACACUUCGGAACAAUUUAUUUAUGAACAAGCUCCCUAUGUCCAUCGUGGUAUGAUUCACAAAAAACCAUCAUUAAAUUCCGACUCCAAAUCCAAUCAUUCCCUUUUAUGGCAGUUUCUGAAACAGCUUUCUCCUCAGACUGAUUUGCUCAAAAUGUGUUCGCCAGUGUUCUUAUUAAGACCCAUUUCAACUCUAGAAUUAUUUACUUAUUAUUGUGAACCGACCGCUGGUUUGAAAGUAUUGAGUUUUUUGGACAAGAAAUUGGAUCGAAUGUUGAUGUGUUUAAUGUUUGCGUUAGGAUCCUGUUCGAAUACGAGGGGAGAUAGUUUUGAAGGAAUUAAGCCGUAUAACCCAAUUUUAGGAGAAAUUUUUAAAGCAAAAUGGAAACCUUUGAAUCCAUUCGAACAUGAUUUGGCAACUGACAGCUGUUCAAAACCCUCUCAAACUCUCCCUUGGUUUUCUAAAUGGUUGUCCUCUCAAUCAAAUUCACAUAAUUUCUCUACUCUCCGUCAUUGUCUCGUCCAAUCGAAUACUUCAGUUUUGGCCGAACAAAUUUCUCAUCAUCCACCAGUGAGUGCGUUUUAUAUGGACAACUCGGAAGCAAACUUUAAAAUGGAAUCCACGUUUCAAAUUGUAGUGAAAUUUCGAGGAAAUUCCGUUGCAACAUGUAUUGCUGGAAGUCAUGUGUUGAAUGUCAAAUGUGGAGUGCAAAAGGAUUUGGAAGAAGAGUAUUCAUUUGUAUUACCAAAUAUGGUUGUCAAUGGACUGUUUUUUGGUUCGUCCCAUGUUUCGAAUGGUGAUGUGUUGAAAAUUUCAUGUCCACAGAGUGGAUUAGAGGCGAACAUUUCCUUUAGUGGACAAAAUGAUAUUAAGGGAGAACUUGUACAAUAUAAGAAUCAGAAAUUAUUUACUUUUAAGGGAAACGUUGGAGGUAAAAUUUUCAUGACACCAUGUCAACCUUUCGACGUGUUAUGUGAACAAAGUGAACUACUACCAUUCAUCCAUGACACAAUUACCGAAUUGAAUGAUGAUUUCAAACAUUCCUCAAAAAAGACGAACAACCAUCGAUGGCUAUUCUAUCAAGCUUCAUUUACCAAUGCCAUCCCAGAAUUUUCAAACGAACUUUGUGUGAAACCUUUGCAUGAACAAGCUGAAAAUGAAUCUCGAAAAGUAUGGCAUCCCCUUACGUAUGCUCUUCAAAUGGGAGAUUUGGAUGGUGCCUAUCAAGAGAAACACCAAAUUGAACAAGUACAACGAGAAAAACGAAUGGAAGAGAAUCAAGAGUUUGAGCCCAAAUAUUUUAGGUUGAAAGAAAAGACAGUGAAAGUGAGUGAUCAACUGCAAAUUCCUCUCUAUGAACACAAGUGA